UUCCUGUUCAGACGCGGCUAGUUCAAGUUGCCAUAGCACAGUAACUGACGGUAACUCUGAGGGCUGCUCCACUGUUAGCUAUCGCUAGCAAAGCGAACAAACAAUGCUUGACGUUAUUUUUUCUUCCCGCUGGGUAAACACACUGUUUAGCGCUUCUCACAGCAUUGUCACAGGGCUAAAUUAGUUGGCUAUCGUCGGGUUAGCUAGCUAACGUUCGUUGUAGUUGGUUGACCACUUGUUGCUAGCCGGAUGGAGCAUCGCUCACAACAAUGGCCAGCAGAACGUUCGGGAGGAGAGCAGUUUGACUGGAAGGGCUUCGCCGGUCGGAUAGCUUUCUGUCUCCACGGGCUGCCGAGGCAAUGAUGACAAAGUGCCAAUUUCAUAGCAAUGACCGAUACAUUUUAUUGUUUAAAAAAGUUCAGAACCAGCCCCGUGUGUUCGUUAAUCUGAUUAACGUUGCAGUAAACGGCUAAAUUAGCGUUGUGUGCACAGGACGCUGUUAGUUAGGACGCUUCCCCUCUCCGCCCCUCUCACCUGCUCCGUACCACGCUAUGGAUACAUCCAGCGAGUCGGACUCGUUCGACAGGACGCGGGGCCACAGGCCUCGAGGGCGGGAUGCUCGCCGCGUACCGGGCCGGGACAGCGGGAUUGGGUGCGACGGUCGAACCGCCGACAUCUCCGAGAAGAUUAGCACACUGGCGACCACUCUACAGGACACCAGUAGGAACCUGACCAAAGUGGACCGGAUGCUGGGCCACUACAGGGAGCACACAGAUGAGCAGGCUGAAGCCAUGGCACUGCUCAGGGAGAACCUCGAGGAGUCGAUCGGUGAGCUCCAGGCGCAGCGGGCGAGCAGACCCUGUGGUCCUCGCUGUGCCUCCGCUUCGGCCUCCACGUUGCAAACCAGCGACCUGGAGGUUUGCUCGGGUUCAGACGGACAGCAUUUCUACCCUCCCUCUCCCCCGAGGGACUAUGCAGGCACUCCAAGGAGGAGGCGGAGGUCUCAGUCCGCCAGUGUUCGCUUUAAGGACAAGAGCCUAUCGGAGGACGACAUUCACACCUUGCACCAGUCCUUGAGGGACCUGCGUUGUGGCCAGCACAGACUGUCUACCGACCUGGAUAGAGAGAUCCUCAGGAGAAAUAGGUGCGAUAUUGACACCAGACGAGCGAUGGACAGUCUCACAGACAACCCGACACCGGCCUCAGUGUCUUCUCGCGUGGAGCGGCGGCUGCAGGAGCUGGAGAGACAGGUGCAUCCAGAGCAAAGCGGCGUGCACAGAGAGAGGCCGGACCAGUGGGCGGCCGUGUCGGACAACCUGCAGGAGACUUCAGGGCGACACCAAGUUCAAGCCCAGGAGAGAGAGCGGGCCAGGCUACUGCGAGCGGGCCAGGAGAAAUCCAAGAUGGAGCAGGAACUGGAGGCAGCUAGACGACUUCUUGGACAGUCUGAGGACAGCAGAGAAGCUCUUGUUCAACAGGUGGAGGACAUGCGAGGCGAGCUGCUGAGGAUGAGGAAGGAGAAGACUGAUUUUCAGCUGAAGGCUUCUCAGCACAUUGGUCAUCCUCAUGGCAACCACACCUUCCGAGAUGGGGGGCAAAGAGGGGCAGAUGGUGUGGACCUGGAGAAAGAGGUGGCGGAGCUGCGAGCCCAGCUGCAUGCGGCGGCAGUCGUAGGCGAGGUUGAGGAACUGAAAAGAACUCUGGACCGAAAGGAAAAGGAGAGGGUCCAACUGCGCUUACAGGUGGAGGACUUGUCAUCAGAGCGGGCCCAGCGGGAGCAGCAGCAGCUACGAAUGCUGGAACAGUUGAGGGAGAUGCAGAGCCGAGGGCAGGCCGAGAGGAAGGAGACGGAGGCAUUGCUCCAGGAGAGCACGAGGAGCAGAGACGAACUGAAGACCAGGGCCCAGGAGGCCGUGCGUCAGUGGAGGGCAAAGUGCAGGAGACUGCAGAAGGAUCUGGAGGAGGCGAGAGCCCAGGCUCAGGUCCACACAGACGAGGCCUCACAGGUAGCCAGGGUAAAGGAGAGCGCCCAGGCCCAGCUGAAGGCGCUGAGCCAGCAGACAGAGGCGGCCCGCAGGGAGCUCGCCGAUGUCCUGGGGCGUUUGGCCCAACGUGAAGAAGAGCUCCACCGCAAGGACGUGGAGCUGUCCGAGAUCCGCCAGCGCCACCUGUCCCUGGAGCAAGAAAUCCGCGAGAUGAGGGAGGCCUCAGCCUCCCUGGAGGAGGACACUCAGCGCCUGGCUGCAGCCAAGAUACGACUAAGGGAAGAGAACCAGAGGCUGGAGGAGCAGGCUGAGAUCCAGGCCCGUCAGUGCCAGAGGGACCAGGCCGCCUUAAAGCAGAUGACCUCAGCCCACGCUCAUCUAACCCAGAGGUUAGCUGAGGAGGAGAGCUCCAAGCACAACCUCCAGAAGGGCUCCUUGGAGCUCCAGGCCAAGCUGCAAGCAGCGCAGGAGGAGCGGGCCACACUGGGGCAGCAGCUGCAGCUGGAGAGAGCAGCGCAUCAGGCAGAACUGGAGAACACGAAGGCCAUGACGCACAGCAGCAGGACAAAGAAGGAUUGGGAAGUGCAGGACAUGCUGCGGCUCUGCCAACGGGAGAGGGACGAAAUAAAGGCCCACCUGGAGGAGGUCAAGGCAGACGCAGCCUCCGACAGGGAGCUGUGUGGAGGGCUGCGCACCAAGCUGGACCGGAUGAAGGAGGAGUGUGAUAAGCUGGCAGCGCAGCUGAGCACAAAGGACCACGCACACGCUCUUCUUCACACAAAAUACCAGCUACUCAAACAGGAAGUGGAUGACAAAGCCAGGUCAGCUGAGAGGAGACGUGCUUCAGAGUCCGAGCUCGUUAAGCUGGAAGAAAAGCUGUCCAGGAUGGAAGCCGAGCGGGAAGCCCUUCUCACCUCCACGGGGGAGGCACUAGACACGGCCUGUCGCAGCCUGGCUAACAACGCUGAAGACAAAUUACAGGCAAUCUCCCAGAAACCUGGAUUAGUGAAGGACCCCCACCGCUGGUUAGCAGAGACAAAGACCAAGAUCCGGUGGCUGUGUGAGGAGGUGCGAGAGAGCACCACGAGAGAGCAGCGCUUAAGGAAGCAGCAACAACAGACCAGGGACCAGUUGGAGGCCCUGAGGCAGAGCCGGGACUCGGAGCAGAGGGCUCUGCUGCAGCGCCUUGACCAGCAGGAGGAACUUCUGCUAUCCCUGGACACUGAAAAGAGAGAGCUGCUAGAGAGGAGUCGCAGGAAGGAGGAAGAAAUGAGGAGCCUUCAGGACCGGGUAUUGGAUCUGGAGAUGAACACAAGAGUAGCCCUGGACCACCUGGAUUCAAUUCCAGACAAACAAUGUUUGAUGGAGAACUUCAAAGAUUUGGAGGAGUCCCAGCGGCAGAGGGAGGUGGUGGAGCAGCGCUACGCCCAAUACAAAGAGAUCGUCUGGGACCUCCAACACCAGCUGGACGAGUCCAAACGCAGAAUCCAGGAGUACAGGGACGAGAAGCUGGACGCCACCACCUGGAGCCUGAGACUGGCCGCUCUUUCCUCCUCCGUUAAAGGCCCCGGCCCACCGUCUCCUCACAGGCGGCUGACCAGUUCAGACUUGGAUGACAAACCCCUCACAGAUUGACCUCUAGUGGGUGGAACCCAAAGCUCCUUCUGCUCAUCCAGAACAAAGAAACAACCAGAGUGAACCUCAGCUCUAAUCCUCCUCUACCUCAAGCCGUCACUGACCAGCAGCUCUCUGGAACGCUGAUGGAGGAGAUAGGACUUUGGACCCUGUAAGGCAGGAAAUACUGAGAAGUGAUUUGAUCUAUUUGAAAGCCAAUUGAAACCAAAGUAGUUUUACAGUUUCAUUUCUUGCCAUAGUUAUAUUUGAACUAUGUUAAACUACUACUACUGAAUACUUGUUAGUGUAUUAUCAUGCCAAUGUGCUGAAAUGUUGACCACUCAGAACCGACACUGGUGCCUUUUUAACGAAAUGUAGUCUGUUCUUUUUUACUGACAUCAUGAAAAUGAAUAUGUGUUACUUUUAAUGUAUUGACCGAUUUGCUUCAUGACUUUAUAUUUUUUGUUUCAUGCAGUAUAUAUUUGUAAAAGAAGGAGAAGAUGCACUGUGAAUAAAAUCCCAAGGCAGCCAAAUGUCUGCUUUUCUUGGCAGCGCACACUUGAU